UUGUGAUGAAAAAUCUUUGCUGCGCCUGUAUCGUUCUUUCGGUCCUUGCUGGCGUGGUUCCUUGUUUGCAAGUUUUUGCCAAUAAAUUAAUUGAUAAUUCUCGUGGUGAAAAUGACACCUCCCCCUGGAUCUGCUACUAUCAGUCCGGCGGACUUAGACCGCAUGAAAAAGCGUGCCUUUGAGUCCGAACAGCUGCUUUCUUCUCUGAAAGCUGAGCUUGAAGAGUUGACAUCUCUUUUUAUCGAAAAGCGGAACCGCGAUCUGACUGUUAGAUUGACCCACGAAAAUGCUGUUCUUAGACGUCAGGUUGAUGAGCAAAAAGGUCUGUUGACGAAGUUGGAAGUGCGAAACAACAUUCCACAGAUACCAAGACCCCCAUUCCCUCGUGCUGCAGGUGCUAGUAUGUGUACAUCCGCCUCUGCACCGAUUAAAGCUGAAGCCGUUGAAGCCACUGAAGCUAAACCUGCAAAAGCAACCAAGAAAGAGAAAAAGGAACAGCCCAAGAAAGCAUCUGGGGAUGCGAAUCAAGCCAAGGAAGAAGCUCCUGUUGAUGUGAGCCGUCUUGAUUUCCGAGUUGGUCGCAUUAUUACUGCCAAAAAGCAUCCCGAUGCUGAUUCAUUGUAUGUUGAAGAAGUUGAUGUUGGAGAAGAGCAGCCUCGGACCGUGGUCAGUGGUUUAGUGAAAUUUGUUCCAAUUGAACAGAUGCAAAAUCGAAUGGCAGUCCUGCUAUGCAAUCUCAAGCCAGCUAAGAUGAGGGGAGUCACCUCUCAAGCCAUGGUGAUGUGUGCUAGCACACCAGAGAAAGUUGAAAUUCUUAACCCUCCUGCUGGGGCGUUACCUGGAGACCAUGUUCAUGUAGAAGGAUACCCAAGGAACCCGGACUCUGUUUUGAACCCUAAACACAAAAUUUUUGAGACUGUUGCACCUGAUCUAAAGACUGACGGAAACAAAGUUGCCACCUAUAAAGGAGUAGCACUUCAAGUACCUGGUAAAGGCAAUGUGACGGCACCAUCCCUUACUGGAGUGCAAGUCAAGUAACCUUUAGGAAGUGAUGAAUGUUAAUAUUAAAUUGAUGUUAUCUUAAGAUGUACAUCCUCUUAUGCGGUAAUAAAUGUAAGGUAACCAAAUGACAA